AGUUACAUCCCAAGGGUUAAUCAGUCGACGCUGCCACCGCCACUUGGCAAUGUCCGUGUGUGUGUGUGCCCGUGUGCGUCUCUGUGUGUGUAUAUGUGUGUAUGAAUGCCUCAGCGAGUUCUGAUCGUUUGCCGCUCUUCGAUUUUUUUGCGCGAGAGCAAGAUAACGCUUGAGUGUGUGUGUGUGUGUUAGUGAGUGUGUGUGUGUGAGUAUUCACAAUGUAUUUUGAAUUCGUGCGCAACACUUGAAACAUAACGGUAUUUUGAAUUGAGCAAAAUUUACAAUUGAAUGCAACUGAAUUGAAAGCAUAUUUCACACAAAUUACAAACUAUGCAGAAAUUAUUAAGUGCAAACGCAAUUUAAAUGGAAUUUUAAGAUUAAGUCGCGCAAUAACUGCAAGUGCAGUUACCUGAAAGGGAUUUAAAAGAAAAGCAACAAAAAACAAGAAACAAGAAAAUCAAUAAUACAUGUAACAGAAUAUCCUGGCCAUUGACUAAAAAGAAAACGAGGCGAAGGCGUCGCAAUAUGGCCGCUACAACAACAACGGCAGCAGCAACAACAAUAGCAAAUAGGACGGGGCAGUCAGCUUGGAAAUUGUUAUUGCAAUUAUUGCUGCACGAGUAAAGUUGCUACUGGAGAAAAUUGCACCCGCUGAUUAAGCUCCAACCAUGUCGGACAGAUACGCCGCUGCCAGCUACUACGAGCAACUGCAUCCGGCUCAGGCACAGGCGCAGGCCGCCAUCUCGCACUAUGCAGCGGCGCCCAGUUAUCGCAGCAGCAGCGCCUAUAAUCCCUAUGGCUAUGGCUAUGCCGGCGGCGCCGCAGCUAGCGCCUAUAUGCCCAACUAUUAUCGCUAUGCGCCGUAUGCCUCGCCACAUUACAGCCAGCCGCCGGCGCAUCAUCUGCAACAUCCGCAUCAGCAUCAGCAUCAGCAGUUGGCGGGUGGCAUGUUCACGCCAGCUGGCCAGCAGCUGAUACCCUCCAGUGUGCUUCACUAUCCGCCGCGUCAGCAUACGCAACAGCAUCCGCAUCCACAUUCACAUCCGCAUUCGCAUCCGCAUCCGCAUCUUGCGUACCAGCAACAGCCGAGCAGCAGCAUCAGCUAUGAGCAGCCAGCGCCUGCGCUCUACAGUGCUUCCUCCUAUGGCCAAUCGCGUGGCUUUGCCGCUUAUCAAGCGACGCCGCACAUGCCACAUUAUGCGCCGCCCGGACGCUCCACGACACCGGCCCCAAAUCGCACAGUGAUGCCGCCAAAUUAUCUCGAACCGUUGCGCAACUAUGCGGAACAGCAUCAGCAUCAGUUAACGCUAUCGAUGCCAAAGCCGGAGGAGACGCUGCCCGCUGAUCAACAGAUCAUCAAGCAGGAGCACGAAUCGGAGGCGGCGGCAUCGCCAACGGCACAGCGAUUGACCACAUCGCCGCCAAUGAUCAGUGCCACGGGCACCGACAGUGGCAUCAGCAAUUGCAGCACUCGCGCCAGAAGCGACAGCAGUCAAAGUACGCCAGUCUACAGUGGCGAAUAUCCGGUGAAUAUGUCUGUGGAGUCGGCGUCAUGUGUCUCCUAUCACUGUCCAGCCGAUGGCAGGGAUUACGAGGAGGAGCAGCAGCAACAGCAGCAGCAACAACAGCAGCAACAACAACAGCAGCAGCAACAACAGCAGCAACAACAGCAGCAGCAGCAACAUCAGCAACCAGAAGUGGAGGAGAAUACGACAACAGCUGUUGGCUCAGCGCUCGAUAUUCCCGAUGACAUAAGCAAGCCAGCAGCGACGUCGACGUCGACGCCAGCAACACCAACAACGCCUAUUGGCAACGAUAUUGAUAAGACAACGACAACGACAACGACAACGUCAGCGUCAACGUUAACCGAGGAGCAGCCGGAAGUCGUGAGGCGGACGGAAACCAAUUUGGCGAAGCCCAACAAGGAGACGACGACAACAGCAACGCCACAGGAUAUUGACGAACAGCAGCAGCCAGCAACUAAUCAAAUGAAUGAAGAUGAACUGCAUCCUGAACAUGGGCAGCAGCAGCAACAGCAACAGCAGCAGUCACCACCUGCAACAAUAUCGCACAACUGGAGUCCAGCGGAGUCGCGUCAGCCGCGCACCCCGCCAGCGCCACAAAACUCACCCGUGGGUUACGGACUGACUGCGUCAGCAGCGCCACCCACUGUGCCACCUGCGCUGGCGCCAUUGCUGCAACAACAGCAACGGCUGCAACAACAACAAAAGCAGCAGCAGCAGCAACCCGUGAGCAACAAACGAAAUGCGAAUGCCAAAAAUCGCAGCAGGAAUAAUAGCCAAAAUCGCAAUAACAACAACAGCAGCAGCACCAGCAGCAACAACAGCAACACCAGCAACAGCAACAACAGCAACAACAGUCGCAUUAUCGAAUGCGAUCUCAUACCGAGCAAGAAAUCAAAACGCAAGGCUAGCAAAAAGCAAUCCGAAACAGAGCCAGUUGAGGCAAUGGAAGCCACGGUGCGGGAGCAAAUAAGGGACAUAAAGCCUUUGCCUGGCUUUCAGCAGGCCUUUGGCUCCACCGAAAUUGGACGCUUCUCGGAGCGUUUUCUGCAAACGCCCGAGAGUCUCGUUGAGCGCCUGGCCGAGGAAUAUGUAAGCAGCGGCAGCAAUGUGGCUGGUGGUGGCUUCUAUGAUGCCACCACAGCUGGUGGCAUGCACAACUACUGGCCGUACGAGGAGCCGCCAAGCUUUCCCAGCUAUCAGACAAGCCACCAGCAGCACCAGCAGAUGGCGAGGAGUCGAAUGCGUGGCCAGGUUUAUCCCUACCCAGACUAUGGGGCGUAUGAGCGUUAUGGUUAUGCGGCCUACAGUGCGAACCGGUCGCGUUAUGCUGAAAUACGCUGCAAUGGCUAUUAGCCAGGUCAACGAGACAUACACACAAAUAUAUAUGUAGAGUUGUUAUUUGUGUGCAUGGGUUAAAUUAUUUACAUAGACAGUAGUCGUGUCCCUUGUCGUUUGUCAUUUGAAAUUCUCUCUGUGUGUGCCUUUUUCGGUCAAAAUACGGCAAUGCUCGCCAGGUGUUAAGCAUAUAUAUAUAUAUAUAUAUAUAUAUUUAGAUCGGGCGUUGCUGGCAAUGAUUGCGUUCAAAAUUUAUUAAAAACAACAACAACAAAAAACCCCCAGAGUUAUAUAGAAAACGAAAACCAAACUGGCCAAAAUGUAAAUUAAUCGUAAUUUUAAGUAGUUGAAUGUUUUAAAUCGAAGCGUUUUUAAACAAAAAGAAAAGAAAAAAAGUCAAGCCAUACAAAAUAUACAAUUUGUACGCAUGUUGAAAACUUUGUCCCACUGUACAUACUCGUAGAGCAAUGCAUUUCGUAAGUACUUUUUGUGUAGAGCAGUAAGUGGUAAUUGGUAAGUGUCAGGGUAUCGAUUCAGUCUACCAUAAAACGAAAAUGUUGGAACCAAACAGAGACUUCAGCCGAGUCGCAGAAUCGUAGCAGAAUCCAUUUAAAGUAGGCAUUUUUUCUCGCUCUCUCCCUGUCUUUUUCUGAAAUACUAAAAUGUAACUUUAGCCCAAGAGUCAUAUUUAUAAUUGUAAUUAGCAAAAAGCAAAACAAACAACAAAA